UUGCAGUAUCUGAAUAUUUACGAGUGAUGAAUAAUGCUACUACAGUUAAUUUAAAUUUAUCAUCAUUGAUGGGAAGUAAUCUGAAUAAUUUUUGGCGUUAUGAUGGAUCAUUAACUACACCUCCUUGUACAGAAGAUGUUAAAUGGACAAUAUUUAAAACACCUAUUGUAUUCAGUGAUAUAAAUAUAAAUAUUUUUCGACAUACGAUUUCUUUCGAAAAUUAUCGUGGUCCACAACCAUUAUAUAAUCGAACAGUAUAUCGAAAUUUUCUACAUGAAACAAUCUUACCAAUAACUGAUUCUUUCUGUUGUAUAGGCAACAUGAAUAAUUUGGCAAAUAAACAUUUCUUACAUGCUGCUAAUAAACUGAUAUUGUAUACAUUCAUUCUCUUUACUGUUUUUUGA